UUUACCUGGAUUAAAUUUAAAACAUUUAAUUUAACACAAACCAGAAACAAUAAUAAAAGCAGAUAUUUUAUUACACAACCAGCAUAUUUAUCGGUUGAAAUAAAUGCUCAUAAUUUAUUAUAUUUAAUUUUACUUGUCAAACAAAAGCAGUUACCACCACAAGCAUUGAAUAUUCCUAUUUUUAACUCGCAAGCUUGUGAAUCAAUUUUUAGAAAUACACGAGCGUUAAGUGGAAUUUAUUCAACCAUAGUCAACUUUACAGUACAUGAUUUUCUACGACGUGCCCAAAGAUUAUCAUUAUUGAAUGACAUUAAAUGUAAACAGUUACAUAGUGGUUCAGUUGACAAGUUAGUCUUUCCGGUUCAUUAUAAACAUCGGGUUGAACGUCAAUCAUCAUUUACACACAGUCAACUUGAAAUUGAUGAAAUAGACAUCGAACGAGUUAUUACUGAUGCCUAUCAUCAUGCUGUUGAUAUGCUUGAAGGUCUAGAUAUAUUGAACUUAUUGGAAAAAAAACAUGUUCUUGGAUUAAAACCAUUAAGUGAAUAUUUAUUUCGACAAUUAAAUUCCAAUUCACAAAAACAUAAUUACUCUUCUCAAAUAAGCAAUAUAGACGAUGAAGUAUUUGAAAGUGACGAUGAUAAUGAUGAAGAUGGAGAUGACACAACAAAUGAUCUCAGCAUGAAUGAGGACAAUGAUGAUAGCUCUAUUAACAACGAUUACACUGAUGAAGAUGAACAAAAUAACACUCAAGAUUUAAUAAAUACUACAAAGAAAGACUUCUCUGGAGUAAAAGUUGCUGAUAAAGUGGAGCCUCAUAUUGAACAUACCUAUUUUAAAGUGAAAUUAAAUCAUGAUACAAAAUUUUUACACAAACAAACUGCUUGUUGGUUGUUAACAGAAGAGAAAAGUAAACUUUCAAAUGACCGAUUACUUCGCGUGCAACAGGUCAAUAAAUGAUAAUAUAAAUGGUUUUUUCUUUUUUUUUAUAGUAUUUGUUUGAUUUUUUUCAAUAAAGGGUAUAUUUUGUUGAAUUUAAAAUUUUUUUAUUCAUUGAAGGUGUUGUAUAUGGGUGGUGCACAGAUACUGUGCGAACAUCUCAA